AUGGUGGGCUGUGCACCUGGUCACACUCCCUUGCCUUCCACAAUAAAGAUCACAACACUUGGAUGUUCCAGCUUCUGUGAUCUACAGCUAUACAGAUCAAUCAUUGGUAGCUUGCAAUACUUAACAAUAAUCACGUCUGAAAUAUGCUAUAGUGUCAACAAAUUGUCACAGUUUAUCCAAGCUCCUUUAGAGUCGCAUUGGAAGCUGGUCAAACGAGUUCUAAGGUAUCUCAGUGGCACAUCCAGCUAUGGUUUACAUCUAAAGCGAGAGACUUCCUUGGGAAUAACUGCUUAUAGUGAUUCGGACUGGGCUCGAGACCCGGAUGAUAGAAAAUCUACCAAUGGCUAUUGCAUUUUUCUUGGGACAAACCUAAUCUCCUGGACUUCAAAGAAGCAGACAGUGGUAGCUAGAUCCAGCACUGAAGCUGAGUACAGGAGUAUGGCAGAGGCAGUGGCAGAACUGACUUGGAUAAAGACUAUGAUGAGAGAGCUAUUGCAUCCUCUACCAGAAGCACCAAUGCUAUAA